GUAGUAAUGGGUUGACAGUCUCCCUUGAGGGGUAAACAUCAUGUGCUCAGCUGGCGGGAGCAGCAACACUAGUGGUAGCGGAGGAGAAAGUGAAAGGGACAGAAAUGGGGAGGAGGGUAAUGGACGAAGUCUCGGCCCUGAAGAAUAUGCCCGAUUGGCUCGAGACGGGAUCCAGUUAAUGCUCAAUAACAAAUUCACAGAAGCUGAAGAGCUGUUCCGCCAUCAUACUCAAGAUAAUCUUCACAUGGCUAUGGGAUACUGCUAUCUUACGUUCAUGAAUGCUGUCAUGUCUUUUGAAGAUGAGAAGGUCAACCAUAGUAUGGAAACACUGCGGAACAUGGAGCGAAGAUGUGGGGGUGGGGAGAAUGGAUGGUUCUCUUCGGUGAAGAACAUAGUCUUAGGGAGUAGAAAUGGCCAAGAGCAAGGAGAUGAGCCAGGCCUGCAGUUAGAGCAGCAAGUGAUCUUAGCUGACUGCCAAGUCCUCCUGGCAAUACUCACUUUCCUUCAGCAGGAGAUUGGCUCCUAUGUCAAGGGAGGAUGGGUCCUCCGCAAAGCCUGGAAAGUGUAUGAACAUGCUUAUGCAAAAGUCAAGAGGAUGUACAAGCAGACCUGUAGUGAAGCACCUGAAGCACCAUCUCCUCUCAAUGAAGACACCUUUGAAUCCUUUGCUAGUAAUACUAAAGAACUUCAGAGCCCUGGGUCUUGGUCUGUAGGCUCAAUGGGAGUUCCAGGCCCAGCCAACAACAGUUCACCCCCAGAGCUCUCGUCACCUUCAACUUCAGCCUUGGGGCUUCGUAUACCUCUCUCUAAAUCAGUACCUAAUUUGAAAGGCUUUUUGAAUUCAAAUCAAAAGCACCAACAAAAAAGAGCCUUACCACCUGACCUGGUAUCAAGAUUGAUGGCCUCUGUGAGUUUUGGUUAUGGCUUGUUUCAACUGUGUAUGUCGCUACUACCUCCGUCCUUGUUGCGGCUGGUACAUGUCCUUGGUCUACAGGGAGACAGACUUGCUGGACUCUCUGCUUUAAUGUUCACUCGAAAAUCAAACGACAUGAGAGCUCCUUUAGCAACUUUGACAUUGCUGUGGUAUCACACAAUUGUACGUCCCUUUUUCGCCUUAGAUGGAAGCAAAGUUCGUGCUGGUGUUGAGGCCGCACACCUUUUGCUCCAAGAAGCACAGCAGAGUUACGCUCAUUCUGCCCUUUUUCUGUUCUUCAGUGGGCGAGUUCACAGGUUACAGGGAGACAUCACAGGAGCUCUCACAUCAUAUCGCAGAGCCCUGCAGGCUUCCCCUCAGAGGGAGCUGCAGCUACUAGCCCUACAUGAGGUGGCUUGGUGUCACCUUUUGCAACUCAACUGGAGCCAUGCCCAAGGUGCCUUUGCAAACCUGAAAAAGGAAUCCCGAUGGUCCAAAAGUUUUUAUGCCUAUAUUUCUGCUGUAUGUUUAGGUGCGUUAGGUCGAUACGAAGAAUGCUCGAGGGGCAUGAUGGAGGUUCCCACCCUAGUUAGGCGAUCAAACCAUGCUCUCGAGGCAUUUCUCUUGAGACGAGCACUGAAAUCCAAAAAUGAUGUUGUAUCUAAAAACUACUGUUUAUUGCGUGCCUAUGAGCUUCUGUACUUAUGGAAUGCUAUGUCUUCAUGUUCCUUGCAGCAUAGACUCCAGAUGGUUGAGGAAUGUCAAGCAAUGGGACAGUGUGGUGAUAAUGAGGGUCUUCGCCAUCUUAUUAUGGCAGCUAUACUCGACACCAUGGGCUCCACAGAUGACGCCGUGGAUCAUUUUCGCCUUAGUGUACAGCAUGGACUCUUGAAUCCUGAAGAACUCUGUAUUCCAGCUUUUGCAUCUUACGAAUUGGGCCUCUUGCUUGGUGCUAAUGAAGGGACUGUGGAAGAGGGCAAGAAGUAUUUGGAAGAAGCUCGAGACAGUUACCAUGGGUAUGACUUUGAAAACCGUCUGAACGUUAGAAUUCACGCUGCUCUGAAGAACCUCUAUUAGUUUGAAUAAGGCAUUCAUAAAACUUUACCCCAGGUUGGAAUGUGAGCAAGACAUUUAGUUUGAUGUAAUUUUAGUUAAUGUGUUACUUACCUUAGUGAAGGAUGUAUGUGAAGAGGCACUCUGUAGUUUAAGUAGAAAGAUAAGGAGUGUAUAUAACAAAGCACACAGCAUAUACAUAUUCUUGCUUGUCUGGUUUGAGAGUUGCAGAGUUAAGGUAGGCUGUGGAGUCUGUCUGAUUGAAUAUCGUGUUUACUCAAACAUUAUCCAAAGAAACAGAGGUAUGUAUAGCUAACAUUUUGGAGGAAAUAUUAGAAUUCCUGUUGUUUUCAUCAAAUAAUUGCUAGAAUGCAUUUUAAAGAAUUUUUUGUAAGGUAUGAACGAUGUUUAUUUUAGUUAUUAUUUGAUUAACAAUAGAACCAGUGUGUAGUUUACUAACCUACGCAGUAGUUAAAUUAGUACUAUAUGAUAGUACUUAUGUAGAAUGGAACUAGUAACUGAUAUAUUUUGUACUGAUAAGUAAAGAGUUUUGUAUUUGUUACUAAAACAGUUACAACUUUUGUGUGUUGUACUGAGUUUGUAUUUCUUAUCAAUGAUUAUAUUUUCAAAUGUAGAUUUGUUCCUAGAAUUGUCUACAGUAGUAAUUCAAUUAUUUACUUUUACUGAUGCUAUCGUUGUACACUUGGUAUUUUUUCCCUUUGGGUAUUUUUUUCUUGGGAUGAAUUUUGACUUUGAAGGGAGUUUUUCAUAGCAAAAUUCAUUGUUUUUAUUUUAUAAAUAGCCUGAGUGUAUGAAGAGGCAUUCGUGUGUUUGUGUCCAGCUGCUGUAGAGAAUGUUGAAGGGAAGGAGAUUGAUCGAGUAUAUUGUAGCAGGUGAAAGUACUUGUCUGAUUUUCUCUUGUAUGCCACAUUGGCAUCGUAGGUAGGCAAUCCCUCAUUAGGCUCUUAUGGAAACCUUAAGAGUAUAUAUUACCCAUAUAUUUGUAAAGCAACAUUGUGUAGCUGAGAGCUCUAGCUAGAUGCUUCAAUCCAAAAAAAAUGCAUAUGUGAUAAGCUGCAGGUGAUGUCCUGAUGUAAUACACCACAUUUUAUGAGAUAUUUAGUCGGAAAUGAUAUUAACUACUUAUGUGAAACUUCAGGUAGUGCAGAUCUGAUAUACAAACUGUGUAAGAGAAUAGUAGGUAAUAAUAAUUAUAGUAUUAAUAUUUCACAAUACAUCUUAGUUUUGUAUACUCUGCAUAUUUUUGGGAAGUUUUAUUUUUUCUAUAUAUUUAAAACAUAACGACUCGCACCCGUCUCCAGUCCCAUUUGAUAUUGGGAUGAAUUGUCACUGUAGUCUUUUUAGCUGUAGGGAGCUUGAUUUCCAUUUUUCCUUUUUGGAGCCGCUGCGACCCACGUUGUUAUGGUACAAAUGAUUUAGCCACUCUCUUGAGUAACUGGGUUAAUAAACAUUCUGAUACAGUGUAUUGUUUUCUUUUUGUCGUGCAAGAUAUAACUUAGAAAGUAAGUUUUUAAUCUGCAAAGUAGAAAGUGUGUGACAGUUGACGAAACUGGCGUCAUUAGUACGUACAAUGUUAAUUAGCUGUGUCUUGCUUUGCUUUGGAGUCAAGACUAGUUGCAAAAGCCUCAAAACUUUGAUGGUAUGAAAUGUAAUUUUAGUGUUGGUAGCUUUCAAGAAAUGUAACCACAGAUAAAUUUACAAAUUGUGCCAUUUAUUGCUGUGUUGAUUUUGCAUUUUACCCUUUUGGAUAUUAUAUACUAUUUAGUAUGUAUUCCUAUUUGUUCCUACACCGUUUACAAACCUUCCGUCCUUUACUUAGGAUAGAUUGCAGCUCAGCUGAAACCGCCCGCUAAUACAUUCUUUUAUAUACCGAGGUAGUUAACUACCAGGCUGGUAGUUAUCUGCCUGGCGGUGGGGAAGCACUUUCUCCACACCAGCUCACUGAGUCAUCACUUUGAUUACAGCCGGCAGUGAGGAAAGACCUCUCUCUUUCGCUCUCGCUAUCUUGUUGAAAUUAUUCAUAACAUUCUUUUUUUCUUUCUAGAUAAAUGCGAGUAUGUCUGACACAAUGGUUAUGCAUUCCUGCCAUGAUGUCCCGGGCCAUAGGUGUGGGACUUUCAUGAGCAGGAUUGAUAGAGACACUCACUCACAUUGUCCUUGCAGGGGGCAUUCCUGUACAGUGGAAUCCCCCUGUGAGGAGUGUUGUACCUGGUCGCCUGCCCAGUGGGUUGAGUAUCGCUGGCGGCGAAUUGAGAAGAAGAAAAGGGAUUCUUCGCCUUCGAGUUACCCUGGUGAAACAGGAGGGCCUGGCCCUUCAAAGGAUGAGCCUUGUUUUUCAGUACAUGUUGAUGACGCCCUUCGUGAUUUGUGGCCUUCGUUGGGACUUCCUGGCCUGCUGUCGAACGAGAGACUUAUGUCGGCACUCUCCUUUGGGGCUGCGUCUUCCUCCUUAGUCUCCCUCAUCCACCUGUGCUGCUAAGAAAGACGCCCUUCCCUCUGUGGCGCAGCCCCCAGAGCCCUCCCCUGCGGAGGCUCUUUUCGAUGCUGACCAGGUCUGUCUUCUUGUCUACCCGCCUUCGGGGAUGUGGGUCCUGCAGCUUCGCCUUGACCCUGGAUGAGGUCCUCGGACUCCUCCUGCCACGCCUUCUUCAAAAGCCAGCAGUGACUCUCAGAGAGUAGUAAAGACUCCUCUCAUAGACGUGCUGACACAUGCUCUCCUUCGAGACCUACCAGACCUUCACGCCUAAGCUCCUCGUCUUUGUGCCAUGCUACGGCACGCACAAAGGAGCCUGCGUUGGACUUACUCUCCUCCUCAAUGUGCAAUGCUACGACAUGUGCACAGGAGGCUUUGCUAAUUGCACACUCCCCUGCAGUGCGUGAUGCUUCGGCAUGCACAAAGGAGCCUUCAUUGGAGAGAGGUCGUAGAGACACCGUCUCUCCCUCUCCGGGCCAACGCGCGCCCCCCUUCUACACCUGUGCGUGCAGCAAUACAGUGAGAACACCCUCCUGAUGCGUGCCAUUCAUUUGCGUGCCUUGUUACUCCUGUACAGCGCACUCCGACAGCAUGUGUGAUUAAGCAUGCUUCCUCUAGACAGCGCUCACCUGUAAUGCGCGUUACCCAAUGCACUGCAUCACCUCUGCCUCGGCAGCAGCAUAAACGCUCACCGAUACGCGCCACUGCCCGUGCGUGCCAACAUGCCUCACCAGAGCAUUUUUCUAAACACUCCCGCAGAUGCUCUCAGUCUUCAGUAUCACGCCCCAGACACUCUGCUUCUUCAGAACGCUCUUCUUCUUCUACACACAUGACAAGAUGCACAUUUUCACCUGUAAAGCAUCAACACUCUCCAGUGCAUUCUAAUGCGCAUAUUUCUAGGCAUUCUCCUGUGUGGCAAUAUGCUCACCAUUCACCUGCAUGCACUUACACAUGUUCAGAACCUGUGUGCGCACCCAGACCGACAUGGGCUCUUGCUCCUGCAGAUACACACGCACCUGUAGAACCUUUUUCCUCUAUUUCAAUGUUUCAACAUGAAAAACAGACGUCUGAGUCGGAGUACCUGUCCUCGAAACUUCCAUCAUCUCCUCCUCCGGAGGUCCCAUCUCCACCUCGGGAUCCUCUUACAGCUGCAACCCAGCCUUCCAGAAGGCAGCCAUAUAGGCUUUUGCUGUUAAUCAGAGGUCGUUGUUCCCUGACUCUUCCUCUAGAACGAGGCUACAAGCAGGCCCCUUCUCCUUCAAAUGACCUUCCAGCCCCCACUCCUAACCCUCUUGGGGAGUAAGAAGAGCAAUUAAGGGGGUUUACCAUCCCUAAGAUGCCACGAGUGCUUAAUGCCAGGCGAGAGGUGCUCUGGAAGCAAAGACAUCCCGUGACUCCUCCUUACGAGUCCAGAUCUCCAACCUCUUUAGGUUCUCGACCUCUGAGGGCUUGUUCCCUUGUAGAAAAGUAUCAUAUCUCGCCCAUCGAAUUUGAACCCAGCCAAGAUCCUCCUGAUAGGGCUCCCACAGUGCUUGCGGAGAGGGCUCUAUCUCCCCUCUCUCCUCCAACUUCGCCAGAAGCAGACAGGUGUCCUCGAACUCCACCUUCCCCCUUCUCACAAGGGGCUGUCGGACGGGGGCAUAAGGACCUAUGGAAGGCAGCGAAGAAUCACCCUCACGAUUCUGAGCAUUCAAGGGCUCCUGUGGCUCUAGGGGCCUCGGCUCCCAGACCUUCUGCUGCCUCUCAUGAACAACUAGAGACUCGGCUUUCUUCAAGACUGGGCCCCUCUCAUCCACGCCUGGGUGCGUCAAUGCAGAGGGAGGAUGAUUUUCACGAGGCAACCGACGAUUCAGCUGGCUACCUUCUGGAACCAGCUGCUCCAGCUGUUCCGGAAGAUGCAGCAACUGAAACCACUCUGCGAGAUCAUCGGUUUCAUCCGGAAGGUAAAUGGCCAAGGAGAAGCUCUAACUACUUCUCUGAAAGGCCAUACGUCAGCUGUCGACCUUUGUCGUGUCCCUCGGGGUGCUCCGUGCGGGUUUGAGCUGCCCUUGUCCCUGACAAUGGAGGCUCUAGCCUAAGUUGAUAGGCAAGUUUCAGGAGAAAGGACUUGCUGCGGGCAUCUCAGUCCUCUAAGCUACUCCCCUCCUGAUGUUUCUGCUCGACAUCGCCCUGGCUCGCCAUCUAGUAGGUUUUUCUCACCCUCCUGCCAGGGCCGAUCCCUGUCCCACUUCCUCCACCACUUGGCGGCUGAGAGGUCAGCACCCCUUUUCAACCAGAGGUGGUCGAGGACAAGGCAAAUGUGGCAAAAGGAAGAGAACCCGCCGCAAGCAGUGAGGAGGGCACUCCCCCCACUCUGCCACCUGUUGGGGGAUGCCUGCAAGCCAGAUGGAUGAGGUGGCAGUACCACGAGGCAGAGGAUUGGACGUUGACCGUCCUCCAACGUGGGUAUCAUGUCCCGUUCAUCAACUCUCCCCCUCCUCUGAUUUGACCCCUGAAGAUGUCAUCAUCCUAUCGUCAAGGAUUGACGAAGGAUCUUGCCCUUCAGGCAUAAGUCCAGGUCAUGCUGGGGAAGGACGCUCUCGAGGAGGUCCUCGACGAGUCUCAAGGCUUCUUGUCUACUUUUUCUUGUAAAGAAGGCAUCUGGAGGCUGGAGACCGGUUAUCGACCUCUCAGCCCUGAACGGGUUUGUUCAGUAAACCCCGUUCAGGAUGGAGACCCCCAGCACAGUCAGACAGGCCACUCAUCCUCAGGAUUAGAUGGUGACGAUCGACCUAAAAGAUGCAUACUUCCAGAUCCCAAUCCAUCCGUUGUUCUGGAAGUAUUUUUUCUUGUUAUAGUGACAGAGUGUCCUAAUUCAAGGUCCUACAUUUUGGUCUCUCCACAGCUCCACAAGUCUUCACCCGACACUCGGGUGUUCACCCUAGUGUCGACAUGGGCUCAUCGCCAGGGCAUUCGUCUUUUGCGUUAUCUAGACGAUUGGCUGAUACUGGCACCUCGGUGGAACUGAUUCGUCUCCACCGAGACAGGGUUCUGGUGCUUUGUCACGAUCUGGGGAUCAUGGUUAACCACAAGAAAUCCUCUCUAGAGCCCUCUCAACAACUGGUGUAUCUCGGUAUGAUCCUCUACACCACUGCAGGGGAAAGCCUUUCCGACACCGGAAAGACUGGAACGCUUCCAAAGUGUCGCUCUGCCCUUCCUUUGACAGUCCCAGCUGCCAGCACGUCAGUGGCAACAGUUGCUGGGACAUUUGGCCUCGCUGGAACGCCUUGUUCCAAAUGGUCGGAUGCACCUUUGAUCCUUUCAGUGGGGUCUGAAGAAUUGUUGGUUGCAAAGUCAGGAUUCUCCUCACAAUCUAGUCCCAGUGGAGGAGAACAUGCGCUCCGAUCUCGAGUGGUGGCUGGACGAUGCAAACCUGUUGAGGGGCUUCUCUCUCCAGUCUCUUCCACCCAAUCUGCUCCUGUUCACAGACACAUCCAAGGAAGGAUGGGGCGCGCACCUACUGCAACACCUGGCUUCGGGUCUAUGGUUUGACCAGGAACGUCGGGAUCAUAUCAACAUGCUGGAACUUCAAGCUGCCUUCCUGGCACUCCAGCACUUCAGCUCUCUUCUGACAGGUCACUUGGUGGCGCUGAUGAGCGACAACGCCACCGUAGUGGCAUACGUGAACCGUCAAGGCGGUACUGCGUCUCUGCACCUAUGCCAACUAGCAGUGCAGAUUCAUGAAUGGGCAGCUUUCAACUUGGUAGGGUUGACAGCUCAGUUCAUUCCAGGCAAACGGAACAUCGUGGUGGACAAUCUGAGCAGGAGGACACAGAUCAUUGGCUCCGAAUGGUCUUUGGCUCCUUGGAUAGCGAACAAAGUCUUGGCUUUGUGGGGUUCCCCAACGAUAGACCUGUUCGCUACCUCUCUAAAUUGGAAGCUGCCAAUUUACUGUUCUCCAGUUCUGGAUCCGGCGGCGGCGUUCGAGGAUGCAUUCCAGCACCCCUAGGACAGCCUUGACGUCUAUGCUUUUCCACCAUUUUGCCUGAUCAGGCAGGUGUUGAAUCGAGUGCGAUCCACACUUUCCCUGUCCAUGACGGUAGUAGCACCAAAGUGGCCCCACGUAGUGUGGUAUCCUGGCCUACUUCUGCUAGUAGAGACUCCGAGAGUGCUUCCACAACUCCCUGCCCUCCUAGCCAACCACAUGUGAGGAUCUUCCUCAACGCGGUGAGCUUUUUACAUCUUCACCCGUGGAGGUUAUCCAGCAGCUCCACAGCGGAAGGCUUUUUGCAAGAGGCUGCGACAGCAAUGUCAGGAUACCUCAGGAAGUCCUCAACGUCUGUCUAUCAGACCAAGGGGACCAUCUUCUGUGGUUGGUGUCGUCAGAGAGGUUGUUCUCUUUUCGGAGCCUCUAUCCCCUAGAUUGCCGACUUCUUACUCUACCUCCAGAGAGAGAUGCUCCUUUCGGUCUCAGCGGUAAAAGGCUAUUGCUUGGCCUUGAACCAAGUCCUCAGACUGAAGGGAAUCGAUCUCUCUUCCUUGGAGGAACUCUCUAUGCUCAUACGAAGCUUUGAACAGGGUUGCACUCCGGUAUAUUGGCAAAGCCUCCUCCCUGGGACAUCAUUGCUGUCCUCAGGUCUUUGAAGAGAGCUCCUUAUGAAUCAUUGUCCCUGGCAUCUGAUAGGGAUCUCACCCUGAAAACGGUUUAUUUUCUCGCCCUUGCUUCCUCCAAGCGUGUCAGCAAACUUUAUGGCCUAGCCUAUACUGUUGCUCAUACUGAGCGCUGGACCAAUGCUUGCUUCAGCUUCGUCCCUGAGUUUGUUGCGAAAACCCAGAAUCCGGCCCAGGUCGAUUAUCGGUUCUCUUCAUUACAGGUUGUGAGCCUGAGCACAGUAACUGAAGACCCAGAUGAGCUACUUCUCUGUCCUAUGAGAGCAAUGAGGCACUAUCUCCAACAGACCAGCUCUACUCAACCCACCUUACAACAUCUCUUUGUAAGUAUACUGACCCAUCAAAAUAGAGGGUUACGAGAAAUACCAUUUCUCAUUGGAUUCGAGAAGUGAUUUGCCGUACCUUCUCCCAUUCUGCUUCUCCACUUGCUGGUACCAGUCAAGUGAAGGCUCAUGAUGUGCAUGGAAUGAGCAUAUCUCUUGCCUUCAAGAAGAACCUCUCUGUUACCCAGGUGAUGGAAGCUGGCACAUGGUCUCGCCCUUCCAGCUUCACCAGGUUCUACCUUAGAGAUUGUACCCAUAACUACCUCGACACAACUGACCUUGGUCCUGUGGUAGCCGCUCAGCAAGUGGUUUAGCUGCCUCCGUGUCCUUAGAGGUUGGAAGUAUCGAAUCGAGGAUCGAGGUUCCGUAUCAGGUUGGGGGUUAAUGUGAGAGUAUGACUGGCUUAUUUUCUUUUCACCUUUCUCCCUUACUUUGGGCCACAGCAUCGAAACCUGUUCUCCGGCACCGAUUUUGGCACUGGUAAGCAUUCCAUGUCCAACUAGUGGUUGUUCUGUAGACACACAGAAGUCAGUCACCGUGCUCCUUUCCGAGGGGGAUUGUGCUGCAACCCAACAAACCCACUAUGAUUAUAUAGCCUGGUUUUGGUUGCCAGAGAGAGUUCUACGCUCUCACGCCUUUGAUAGCCAGGCCGUCAGCCAUCAGGUCGUAUUUACCAUGGCUUGUGGGGUGAAGGAUCCACAAGCAAGAGCUAUAAGCCUGGGUCCUGGCAUCGCAGGUUCCAUUCUCAGCCACCGAGACAGGACUUCCAUCCCUACCUUAGGAUGUGUCUCCUAAGUAAAGGACGAAAGGUUUGUAUACGGUGUAGGAAGAAAUUACAUUUUUGAAAGUAAAAUGUAUUUUUCCCUAACCAUACAACAAUGAUAAAAGUAAUAAAAGUGACGACUCAGUGAGCUGGUGGGGAGGUCAGCAGGUAACUACCGGCCCGGUGGUUAACUACCUCGGUAUAUAAAAGAAUGUAUUAUCCGGUAGUUUCAGCUGAGCUGCAAUGUAUCCUAAGUAAAAGACUUUGGGUUUGUAUGGUUAGGGAAAAAUACAUUUUACUUUAAAAAAUGUUGUAUUUUUGGUCAAAGUAUGACCCAUAGUAUUAUUUAUUUUACUUGCUGAGUCUUAUACUGUAUGCUAAAGGUCUCUUUAGCAAAUUUCCAUACCUAACAUAGCACUAAUAACCAACAUAGUAAAUACCAAGAAUUCUUUAGUAUUGUUAAAAAAGAAAUGAAAAAAGAUUGAAAUGACAUACCAGAGGUAAAUUACAAAUAUAAUUUAAAAAGUUAGCAGUGUCAGAUGCAGUUCCUUAACUUUAGACCUUGUGGUCUCAUUGAGCAUGACUUGAGACUGUGCAUUUGUGUCUGUGACUGCAUGUUUUACUGGGAAGGUCAAAGGCAGCUUAAUACUGGUGUUACUCUCCUGACAGAUUUUGUAUAUUGCAUAAAAACAAAAAAUUUGGUGGAAGGCAUUUUUGGAUGUAAUAUACAGUUUCAAACUAGACAUUUCUACAUGUAAUGAAAUAUGGCAUGAUUUAUAGGCUAGUAUUGCAUUUUGUAGUUAUUCUUGGUAGCCAGGAGUGAAGACGUGUUAUAUGUACAAGCUAAUGUAGGUGAUAUUGAUGUUGAUAAUUAACUUGGCCAUGCCAUUGAAAAGUGAAAAUUAAUUAGGUGUGUAUAUGGGCAUUUACGUACAGUAUUGUGAAAUCAGAUACUCAGAGAGCAGGAGUGUUAAUAAGCAGAAUGUCACUAUUUUCUUGGGAUAUUAUCAAUAGUUUGAGAUUGCCUCGGUUUAGAUUUGGUUGUAGCAGUCAAGCACUUGCUAUAAUGGAGUUGUCUGUUGAUGUAAGUGUUGAGGAUGGUUGACAAAAUUUAUUAGAAGUUUUUUGGGUAUAUAUAAGAUCUCUGCCAUGUUGUAUUUGCUGUGUUUGCUGAAACACAGUUUUAAGUUUCUAAGUUGUCACUGCUAAUGUGGUUGUGGUCCACUGGAGUACUAGUUUAUGUAUGGCCUCAGAUUUUUUGGACAGUUGAGUGGCAUAUAGCAAAUACCAAAUGGUUAAUUAGUAUGUGAUAAAAUUUAAUUUUUACAAUACAGUGUACUAAAUGUAGCUUGUUUAUUACCAUGUGAAGUAACUAGUUUGGGAGAGAGAUUCCUGUGUCAAUGGUAGAAAUAAUCAUGUAAAUUUGUCAAGGCUGCAUUGUGUAUUUUUGUGAUAUAAAAGAAAGGGGAGGGAAGGAAAUGAGAAAUAAAUAGUUUUAGUUGUAGGUUUAGUUUUUAAAGGUAAAAUAGUAUUUCACAUAGUAAAUACUUUCUUCCUUAUGGUCUAGGUAUUAGAGAUGUUUCCUUUUUUUCUCUUUUUUUUCACAUUUUACUUUUUCUUCAAAGAGGUAUUUGUAAAGAUAAUCAUAUAAAGCUGAUUUGUUUUGUAAAUGCAAACCAUUACCUGAGAGAGUCUCUAUGCUUUAGUAUGAAGUGGGUAAUCAUAUACAAAUGUCAACAAUGAAGAUAAUUAUUCUGCUGCUCUAGGGAUGAAAUCAUUUUUGGAUACAUCCAUUAUUAUUGAUAUCACAGAAUUACAUUUCUGUAGAUUUCCGUAGGACCCUCUCAAAAGGAUCUUUUAAUUGAAUAGUAAGUAAAUUUGAGACAAGACAAAAUUGAGAUAGAACACUCCGGUCCACAUAAGGGAAGCCAUAAAUGGAAUAUAGUGUCUUGCAAAUUAUGUGCAGAACAUGCUGAGACUCCAUGAAUGGAACAGAUAAUUGGUCCCAUCUGUAGCCACCUUGGGCAAGGGGAAGCAAAAGUAGGCAACAAAAUUGUGAAAAAUAGGCAGAUGCCAAGAAACACAGGGAAAAAGCAUCAGAGGCAGAUUGUAGGUGAGAAAAAAAAGAAAUGUCUUUUUAGGUUUGAAACUUUCAUGAACAAGAUCUCAGAAUCAGGCAGGCUGGGCAAAAGCAAUGAAGGGAAAGGAGUUUGAAUGUUAUAUGAAUGAAUUGAAGCUUUCGUGAGACGGUUCAGAUGAGUUUCAGGCUGAGGUUGACAUAUAAAAUGGAUCAGCAGCAGUGGUUUUGCUCUACAUUGAAAGCAUAAUUUGUUUGUGGGUAAUGAAUAUUUUGUGAGAUAUUGUCAUAAAAAAUAAGUAGAUUUAAGUACUUAUACUACUUGAAAACAGACAUAAAAUUUAACAGCAUUACUGUUGGACUUCUUAGGUAAGGAAAUGCAACUAGUAUGUAUAUACUAGUGUCACUCACAUUUUACAUUUAUUAAAUUGAAAAAAUAUCAAGGAAACACUAGGAACUGUUGAAUCACAAUAAACCUCAUGUAAAAUGAUGUCCAAUACAUAAAUAAUAAUAGUUCUACUGUGCAUUCCAGAGGUCAUGACACACUGUUUUUCGUCAAAAACGUUUAAACCAACUUAUGGAUUUUCGUGCCACUGUAGCACCGAGUGUUUCAAACUUCCUCCUAAUUUUUCCUUAAGAAAAUGAAGUUAAUGCAGCACUUAGUCACUCAACCAUCCGCGAAAGUGGUGACAUGUAUCGGUGAUGUCAGUACUGUAGUGUUUCCUCCAUUAUACUUUUUAAAAUGGUUGUUUGACUUAUUGUUAAAUGUCAUUUUACCUAACCUGGGGUAUACAAAAUUUUUUAAAGCAAAUUGAUAUAUAUUGUAUGAUAUAGUCAGCAGUAGGGUUACUGAAACUCAGAAGAUCAAUAAGAUUUAAUUAAGAAACAUUUCGUGCCAUCCUUACAUAUCAUCAGUCUAAUAUGAAAAUAAUUCACAUUUGUAAAAUUGGAAAUUGAAAUUUACUUGCUAAUUUAAAAGGAAUACAUAUAUAUAAAACUAAAGUUACUCAUAAAAACUAGUUAUUAAGAACUAAAAUACUAAGGAAAGGAAAAUUAUUUAUAAGGUGACAUUAAAAUUGACGAAAGGUAAAAUUACUCAAGAAUAUUAACCUUUAGUACAAGGUGAAGAGUAAGAAAGGAAUGGCUGUAGGACCGUCGUUCUCCCAGACCCCGAAUAAGCCAAGAAAAGUUGAGCAGAGGAUUGACUAGAAUUGAGGGAGAAAUGAGGUGCUUGAUAUGUAUGAUAUAUAAAUUUUUUAAAAGUAAUUAGGUAAGGGGGAUGGCUCUGUGUCUUAGAUAUGUCAUAAAGCACCACUUGUUUGAAAUGGUCUAAGGAAAGGGAAGAAGUUGGUAUCUUUUCUAAUAGUAAAUGGGUUAAUUGAGCACAUUUCAGUGUACUGUCAUAAAUCAGGACAAUGUUAGAAAAAACACUUAAUGUUUUAGUAGUAAUUUUUUUUGAAAAGCACUAUUUCAUGGCCUCUGGAAUGCACAGUAGGUUCAAGCAACUGUCAUGCUGCAUGAAGAAGCUAAUUUUCAUGAAAUUCAGCUCAGAUGUGAAGAAAGGAAGAAGAAUGUCAGUAAGUAAGCAUUAAGUAAUAUGAGAGAAGCAGAUAAGAGGUAGGGCACUUAAAAUUUUGGGAAACACGAUACUAUAGUAGUGAGAAUUGAAUUUAUUAAACAAUGUCAAUACAGAAGCCAUGAAGAGGCAGCAUCGAUAAAUGAGAGAUGGAGGGGCCUUGACCCACCUGAGGUGAUCUCACUACCAGUAUGUAGUGAUAAUAUUCUUAUAUGGUAAAGUGUAUAUGAUCACCCAUUUUGAACUGAAGUGUAAGAGUCAAGGGAAUUGGUUUGCUUAGUGCACAAGCAUAUUAUCAUUUAUUCCUUGUUCAUUUUAGUUUUGGAGUGUGAAAGGUCACUGAGGUUCUUGAAGAUGCAUUUUGAUUUGAAGCAGUCACAUUUCAAAAGGUAUCCAUCAGAACUUAAGAAUCAUGAUGGUAUCCAUUAUGUACACAAAAUACUUGUCUAAGGCAAAAGGUGUAUUGUUGCCCUUGGACUGCUGGCUAACUACAUGUUAUUGUUAGAUGAACCCUCAGCUAGGACCUUGAGAGACUGGAGAAAGCACCAAGCAUGGUGGAUCGGUUGUGUAUUUCUUAAGGCCAUAAGCAUCCCUAGGGUCCCAGGGGGAAGGUUUUGAUUGUAAUUAGUUACAAAAGUGGUCUACCAUUAGUUUUAGUUUAUGUGAGAUUGUGGUUGGAAAGCAGUGACCACUUAUAUUGAUUUUAUGAUGUUUUAAGUUUAGCUGGAUUAAUGGAUUUCUGUACACAUUAGCGAUUGUUGUUUUGGAGCGUUUUGUUUGUCCGGGGAUUCUGGGGUAAAAUUAAUCCUAAUCCCGGGAUCCCUGGAACUCCCAGGAUAUUAAAUUGGCUAAAAUUGCACAUCAUACCUAGUUUCACUUUCAGGUAUUUGAUGUGCUUAACAUUACUAGGUAAUGAG